AUGGCGUCCAAGGCAGCACACAAGCGUCUCACAAAGGAGUACAUGACCAUGCAGAGGGAUCCGCCGCCCUUCGUCUGGGCCGUGCCCGAGGAGAAGAACAUCCUGACUUUGGCUAUCUCCUUGGGUGUCCAGCGCGGGCCUCCCGACUCCCCCUUUGCCGGCGGCGAGUAUCACGGUUACCCGUUCAAGCCGCCAGGUAUCAAAAUGUUAACGCCCUCAGGCCGCUUUCAGCCAGACCGGAAGAUUUGCUUCUCCAUGUCCGACUUCCAUCCAGGAACGUGGAACCCCGCAUGGAGUGUAUCAACAAUAUUGACUGGCCUCCUGUCCUUUAUGCUCUCGGAUGAGAUGACGACGGGCUCAGUGACGUCCACCGACCCAGACAAGCGCAUAUACGCCGUACGCAGUCACGCGUGGAAUCUCACCCAGAAGCGCUUCAAGGAGGCCCUUGUCUCGCCACAGACGUCAGCAACGACGGUCACACAACCAGCACUGCCCACCAGCUCGACUACCACGGAUCCAAACGCGUUGUCACGACCUUCACGCCCCGGCGCGAAUGGUGAGGCAGCCGCCAAUGCGGGGGGCUGGGCUGACGCCUGGCGGCAGGUCUUCUGGGAGAAGUGGCGGUGGGGCGUCAUCCUCGCGCUAGCGCUGGUGGUUUCGCGGAUGUCCUCUAGGUGA